UGGCAGUGCCGCGUGCAGUGCAGCCAGAGACGUCAGACCCCCUGGCAUUGCCGCGUGCAGUGCCGUCGGAGCAUUUCCCACAUUAGUACCGUCGCGUGCAGUAUAGCUGACCGUCACCAGUCCUCUGCCGGCUGUGCCCGGUCGCGAGCGCCAGUGUGAGACCCGGCUGUCUCACCUUCUGACCCUCAGCUGAUUGGCCCGUCUCUCCUGCCCCAGCCAUGCGUCUGGUGGUGCUGGCGCUCCUACUGUGUGUCGGAGCGCCCCUCUCGGCGGCCUUUGUAUUCCCCAGUGGCGGGGUGCGCCGCGGUGUGGUGGUGAUGCCGCUGAGAGCGUGUCGAGCCAACGACGGCACCGAGGGCCGCUGUGUAUCCAUGGUGUCCGGCGUCUGCCCCCUGUACAGGACCACCACGGACCUGCUGCUGCGCAAACCCAGCAUCUGCGCGCUGAGCUUCCGAGACGCCAUCGUCUGCUGCCCGCUGGCGGCGCUCAUCGGGACGACUGGAGGGGUCGCGCCGGCCCCGCGCACCACCGCUCGGCCGCGCGUCUUCCCCGGUUUUACAAUACGGCCAACCACCGCCCGGCCGGUGGUAACGGCCCCACCCACGGCCCCUCCAGUGGUCACCUCCGCCCCUCCGGUACCAAGCCCUCGGCCGGUGGUCACAAACCCUCCUGUGGUGACCAGACCGACUCCUACACGAGUCACCUCACCAGCGCCGUCCACCCCGCCUCCGGUACCGUCCGCCACCCCAGAGACUCGACCGACGCCCCGCUCCGUGCCGCCGACCCGUGACCUGCUGAGUCCGAUCGGCCUACGCCCGCGGCCCACCCCGGCGGCGGCCACCUCUGCGCCCAUCACCGGCCCACGGCGCGGCUUCCGGCAGCCCGGCUGCGGCACCACCAGCCCCAUCCCGGCCUUCCACGCCAGCGGCGACUACUUCCAGCGGCCGCCGCCGUUCGCCCGCGCGGAGCGCGUCCACCUCGGCCUGCAGCCGUGGAUGGCCAUGGUGGGCGAGCGGAACUCUGAGAGAGCCGGCGCCGACCGCUGGAUCUGCGCCGGAGCGCUGCUGACGCCCCGCAUCGUGCUCACCUCGGCGCAGUGCGUGCUGACGCCCGACGAGCCCGAGCGGCUGGUGGUCGGUCUGGGUGAGCACGACCUGGCGUCGCGCACGGACGGCGUGGCCGGAACGCACCCCGUGGCGGCCGUGGAGCUGCACCCGCAGUGGUCGCAGCCCGAGCGGCGCCACUCGCUGGCCGUGCUGCUGCUGGGCCGGCCGCCCGACGAGAGCCCGCUCAUCCGGCCCGUCUGUCUGCCGCCGCCGGACCCGCCGGCUGGUGCCGCGCAGCUGCUGCCCUUUCCAGGUUCCACAGUGGUGGAGGCCUCGUACAACCUGGACACCACUGGCCUGAGUGACGGCUCGGCGCGGCAGCGGCUGGUGGCCGGCGAGGUGCCGGUGCAGCCGCUCGGUCGGUGCGUGGCCGCGCUGGCCGGCGCGCCGCUGGCCGAGCUGCUGUUCCCCGGCGGGCCGCAGCCGGAGCCGGACCUGUGCCUGGCCGCCGGCCACCAGUGCGCGCAGGACGUCGGCGCGCCGGCCGUGGCCGCAGGCGAGGACGGCACCAUCCAGCUGGAGGGGCUGCAGCUGAUGGGCAGCUGCGCCGCCGGCCAGCCGCGCCUGCUGCUGCGCGUGCGACACUACGUGCCAUUCAUCGCCGACGCCAUCGAGAAGCUGACGAAGCCGUCCAGCGCGGGCUUCUAGUCCCGAGUUGGCGUUUGUUCUUGGAACCUACUCAUACUUAUGGCAAAGUUAAGCAAUUAAACGUUCCAGCCCAGCGCUGACAAACAGUAAAAAGUUAUAAAGCUUCAGUGAGCCAUAUGCCUCCCGUUCAACAUGGUACGUUUAAAUACAAGUCGUUGUGUGCUAAAACGGGCAAUAA